GCCCCGAGCCGGCUCCGGCCGAGCGGGGCCGCCGCUCCGGCAGCCGCUGCCCUCGGCGCCCGCCGCUGACACCCUCCGUGCCUGCGCUCCCGGCAGCUGCCCCUGCACAGCCCUCGCCUCCCCGCUGCGCUCUGCCCUGCGCUGAGCCAGCCCGGCUGCGGCUGCACGGCCUGACCGCACCGUCCGGACAUGGCAGAAGGCAGGCGCGACCCCCAACCUGGGGACCUGAUCGAGAUCGACCGGCCAGGUUACCAGCACUGGGCGCUCUACGUGGGUGAUGGAUAUGUGAUCAACGUCACACCUGUAGAUGAAGGAUCCCCAUCUCUGUCAGUGAGCACCACAUCAAUAUUCACCAAAAAGGCCAAGGUGAAGAAGCAGCUCCUGAAGGAGGUGGUGGGAAAUAAUAAAUGGCGUGUCAACAACAAGUAUGACCGCUCCCGCACUCCUCGCCCUGUGGGGGAGAUCAUCCAGCGUGCUGAGCUAUGGAUUGACAGGGAGGUGACAUACGAUGUACUUAACAGAAACUGUGAGCACUUUGUGACAGAGCUCCGCUAUGGAGAGGGAGUCUCUGAGCAGGUCACAAAAGCUGUAAUUGGUGCUACAGCAGCUGUAGGAGGUAUCAUUCUUGCUGGUCUUGCCACCGUUGUUGUGAAGGGCUUGUUUGGGGACUCAUCCAAGAGAGAAAGAAAGUACUACUGAUGGGCUGUCAGGAAGAGCUCAGACCAAGGCAGGGGCAUCUCCUGGCCACAGCAGUCACUGGUCAGCUUUUGCUGCACCUGCCAUCAAGGCUUUCUAGCAACUGUGCCACCCUUGCUGUAAAUAUUAAAUAAUAUAAGAAUAAAUUAUGAAUAUUUAAUUAAAUAAAAUGUCAGAAAUC